CAAACUGCUUUUUUUCUUCUAUGUGCCAUGUCCUAUCGGUGCAGAGUGCAGUUGUAGUGACUGAAAUCUUUUUUUUUUCGGUAGUUUCAUUUAACACACUUUUAAUCGAAGUUUGAGUUAAUUUUGAAAGAAUUUGUUAAAUAAUGUCUUCGGGUAAAGGUAAAAAAAAGGCAAAAUGGAAGCAAGUAGCCUUGGAAGAUAUUUUACCAAAUACAGAUUUUCGUCCGUCGCAAAGUUGGGCCGACGAAGUCGAAGAUGAAUUGAGCGAGUACACGAUUAAAAAGAUCACUUCUAUCAAUUUACCUACCGCUCCACGUGCAGCGACUGAUUUGGUCAUAGAUGAAAGUAAAAUUAAUCCUAAUGGACCUUUCAUGGCAUAUUUAUCGAAUCUUCCGUAUGAAAUUACGGAAGACGAUAUCGCCCAGCAUUUCAAUGAACUCAAGAUUGCUAAUAUACAACUACCGAAAGACAAUCGUUAUGAUCGUAUGAAAGGAUUCGGAUACGUUGAAUUCAAAGAUAAAUCCAGUCUUUUAACCGCGCUCAAUGAGGGCGAAUUGACGUUGAAAAACCGUCUAGUUCGAAUAUCAUUGCCGAACGAGGAUGACAAUCGCAACGAUAGAAAUUCACGUUCGGGCAAUGUGUCAUUUUCGCGGCGCGAUGUCUCCGAUCGAAUCGAAGGCAGCGAAAAGAACUUGGGAGAAUGGCGAGCAGCCGCUCCAAUUCCUCACGAUCCAGAUAAGGGAUUCACUCGUCCAGGAGGAAGAGACGAGGCCGGUGGUGGAAGACCGUUUCGCGAAGCUAGACCUUUCGAUCCGGAACCCAGCGGAUCGUUUUCAAGAGGCGGUGGUGGUUUCCGCGACCGCGAACGUGAUCGAGAUCGAGACCGUGACCGUGAUCGUGACCGCGAUCGCGAUCGGGAUUUCGAUGGUCGCUCCAACGACCGCGGCGGUAAUCGAAUAUUUGGCAAGAAAUACGAUCGCGAUGAUCGCGGCGGCGGUGGCGGUAGUCGUAUGGGGUUCGGUCGUAAACCAUUCGAACCUCGAGAAGAACGAGAAUUCGUUAGACGCGAAGUUCCCGCUUCUGCUCCUGAAAAAGAUGAGCCAAAGUCUAGACCGAAGUUAGAUAUACAGCCGCGUACCAAACCACUAGAACCUAGUAGUGUACCGGAUGCGCUUCCGUCGUCCAUAUUUGGCGGCGCUAAACCCGUCGAUACGCUUAAACGUGAGAUGGAAAUCGAAGCUAAACUCAGCGCAGUCACUUCGCAGCCGACGGGAACGCGUAGUCGCGGAUCGUCGCCGCCUCCUGUCUCGACACCGAUGUCGAAUAGAUCGAGAUCGUCGUCGGUAUCGAGUAAUAGAAGACACGAUAACGAUAACGCAGAUACUGCCUACGAAUCGCACCAAACCGGUCAGUCCGAUAACGAAUCCAAAGAUUCGUCGUCGUAUCCGAAGAACGACGAUAAUUCCGGCGCUAAACAAAACGAAUUCAAAGAGCCUCAGCCUCCGCCGCCGAAAAAUGUCUGGGAGCAGCGUAAGAGCAAAGCUCAAGCAGCUACUGCUACCGUCGAUAGCAAUAUUUCCGACGCUUCGUCGUCUGUGAUCGAAAAAUCUGACGCUUACGAAUCGAGCGAUACGCACGUUGUUGAAGAUCGAUCUCAACCCGAACCCACGGCCUGGAGGCGGCCUCAGCCCGAACAGCAGCCACAGCCGGCCGCCGAAAGCCGCGUACCGUCUACGUCCGACGAAAUCUAUCAACGUCCGACCGGCCGAACGCACACGACGUCGGACGACGACUUCAUACGUUACGAGCCGGAUCACUUCACGAAUCCAGACUCGCAGUCUUCGAAUCGCGGAAGCGAUCGCGAUCGUGGCGGUCGUUACAACGAUAGUAAAUUCAAUUUCGGUCGCGACCGCGAUCGAGACCGAGACCGUGACCGCGACGGUCGUGGAGGAGGUCGCGAUAAUCGGCGUGAAAAUCGCGGUCGAAGACCCGAUAACGGCGGCCAAUUUCGAAGAGAAGACCGACGAGACGAUAAUCAAUACGGCGGCGGUCGAUCGUCCGACUCGAAAUGGAGCAGUUUCGGCAGCAGCAGAGGGCGCAACGGCGGUCCUCGUAGGGGUGGUGGCCUCGAUCGCGACCGAGACCGUGAUCGCGACCGCGAUAACGGAUUUUACCGCGGCGGUGAUAGUAGAAAUAACGAUAGCGGCGCUAGUUUCAGCAAUAGAUCUUCGUGCUCGUCGUCGACCACCAAUCUGAGGGACGACGACAGAUACGAAGCUCGCAGACACGACGAAAGACUGAACGACAGAGACGACGAUCGAAGGCCCAGUCAGUCAUCGGGCACCAGCGCGACCGCCGCCGCCGCCUCGGCCGACGAUAGAUUGAAAAUCGUAGACGACGAUAACGCGAAUAGGAAAACCGUCGAGAACGGUAACGAAAACGGCGUCGGGAUCGAUUCGUCCGAAGACGCGGCCACAAAGUCGAACGAAAGUAUUUCCACUAACGAACAGUCCGAAUUAAAUGAUAACUCGUUUAGCUGUAGUAAGAAUCGCAAAAAGGAUAAGAAGAAGAAACGCGACGGCGACGAUAGCGACGCCAACGAUAAGCCGAGAAGUCAGAAAGACGAGAAGAAGAAAAGCGUCGAUAAUCAACUCAAUGAUAAAACGAAUAUCAAGAAUAACGGAAAGAAUAAAGACAAGAAUCCGAAGAAACCUCGCGAUUUACGUGACGAUGCUGCCCCAUUGCCGAAAGCUAAAGAAGAAAAAGCGCCGAAUUUCCAAGAUUCGAAUCGAUUUUUAUUCCUCGAAAACGAUGAUUAACUGAAGACCUCAGACUGUCGCGUCGAUUAAAUCGCAGGCGCGGUUCUUCAUUCGCCACACAAGCCUUCCUACUUCAAGGGCUUUGACAGCCAAAACGUGUAAAAUCGAAUAACAUUGCAUUUUCCAUAAACCACAGUUGAAAUAAUAUAGCGUGUAAAGAAAAAUACCGAUUAUCGAGCAUCUAUCGUUCUUCGUCGGUGUGAUCAGAGAGAAAAUUCUCGUUUUAGUUGCGCUUUUUUUUUCUUUUUUUUUUUGGUCAGUCGUGUAAUUGGGGAAAACGUUGUCGCUUAAAUUUGAUGAUGAGAAAAUAGAACAAAAAUUGGUCUCGAGUGAGAAGAAAUGCGAUCUCGUCAACUCAGGAAAUUGAUUUUUAUGUAGCGUUAUCGUGACUCGGAUCGAAAUGAAGUGGAGAAAAAUUGUACGAGAGGUGUCUUAUUCGGGGUUUGAGAUCGAGCGAUUGGAAAUUUUUCUAGAAUAAGCUUUGACAUUGGUCGAAAAUUUGAAGCGAAUUAUUACGCGUUUUUAUCAUUUUUUUUAUUUUCAUAAUUCGGUAUCGGUUCGCGUACGUAUUUUGAUGAUUAUUUCGGAGAGAAAGACGUUCGAAAUAGUGGGAAUUUUUUUUUUUGUUU